AUGAAGCCCAUUCCUGUGAAGAGAGUCCGCGGUCGGUACAAUUACAAAGGAGUGAGGUUGAAGAAACCGGGAAAGUGGGUGGCGGAGUCGCGGAAGCAAAUGGGCCGCAACAAAAUCUGGCUCGGAACAUACAAUACUGAGAAGGAAGCUGCCCUAGCCCACGAUGCCGCCAUCGUCUGUCUUCGUGGAGCCUCUUCUUUCGCAUCACUCAAUUUUCCUGAUGACCUUCCGAUGAAUAUCGCAAAUCAUCCCGACAGCUUCUCCAAUUCCGAGAUUCAGUUGGCGGCAGAGAAGCAUGCACUUAAAGAUCGGGACGACGCUGUCGUUCCUGUUCGGCUCCCCGGGACAGAUGUCGUGAGCGAAGUUGAUGUCAUUCUUCGUAUUGGAAGAGGAGCGAUAUGA